AUGUUCAACCACACAGGUAGUCUGCUCCUGCAGACCGCCAUAUUGUUUGCUGUCAACGAACAGGAGCCUACGACAACAACACCUGCCCCAGUUCAAACACUAGAGCACCUCAAGAAUGGAACAGAUGUUGGUGAAAAAUGCUUCGGCGAGCUCGGCUGUUACUCUGUGAACUUCCCAUGGACGGAUGAGACGAGACCGGUCUCCCAUCACCCAGAGCCGCCGGAGAAGGUAGACCCGGUCUUCUGCCUCUACACCAGACAGAACCCCACCGAAUGUCAGCGGCUCAGGUACAACGACUCAUCCACCUACCUAAACAGCUCUCUGGUUCCGACCCAUCGCCUCUACACCAUAGCUCACGGGUUUCUCGAAAAUGGCGAUAAGAAGUGGAUCAAGGUGAUGACGCAGAGGCUGCUGAACAUCUCCGACGUGAACGUGAUCGUGAUCGGUUGGCAGGGAGGAUCCAGCCCACCGUACACCCAGGCCGUCGCCAACAUCAGGCUGGUCGGCACCAUGACCGCACACCUACUGCACGCUCUCAAUAGAGACCUUGGAGUCAAAACAGAAUUCUGUCAUUCCAUAGGACAUUCGUUGGGAGCCCAUCUUUCAGGCUACAUAGGGAACGUGCUCAAAACCAAAUUUCAUCUUACUCUUGGAAGAAUAACAGCUCUGGACCCAGCUGAGCCACACUUUUCACAGACCGAUCCCGUUGUCAGGCUUGAUCCCACCGAUGCCCUGUACGUUGACGUCAUACAUACCGAUGCAACGCCUUUCAUUAAAGGAGGACUGGGAAUGGACGAACCCGUCGGACAUCUGGACUUCUAUCCCAACGGAGGGGAAAACCAGCCUGGUUGCGACCAGAGUGUGAAGGAAUACAUGGACAAGGAUGAAAGUUUCUUCAAAGCAAUAAGGAGGUUCCUCGGCUGUGACCACGUCCGCAGCUACGAGUACUUCAUCGAAUCGAUACCAGACCGCUGCGAGUUCCUCGCUAUCGAAUGUGACUCAUGGGAAAACUUUACCGCUGGCCACUGCUUCUGGUGCAGCAACGAAAUGAGGCCAGAGGGAAGGCUGUGCUCCAAGUUGGGGCUGAACUCCAUACGGACGGUGCAGAAAAUGGGAUCUGUUACCACCGGCAUGUUCCCAGUCCUGCCGACCAGCAUGGUCAAGCUCUACACCAUCACUGACGAGAAACCAUUUUAUUGCAAGGCACUUUAUAGAGUUACUAUCAGGAUGUCUGGUUCCAAAGACGCGCUGAACCAUGGAGGUGAAGUUGGAAUGUUCUCGAUAAAAAUCAUAGGAAUAAAAGGGACCACCAGCAUGGUCGAUUUAUUCAAAGAGCAGUAUUUCAAGCCAGGGAACUCCUACACGCAGGUGGUUGGGGCUAGCCAAAUAGGCAGGAUCCGAAGUGCCUUCUUGUACUGGAGGCACGACACCACAUUCAACAUCCUCACCUGGAGAAUAGUGCACCCAACUAUUUACUUGGGUAACGUCACUAUUGACAGCUUAGAGGAGGAUUCCAGUACUACCCUCUGCCCCUAUCCGGAAGAGAAGUUGCUUUCAGGAAAGGAAGAAACCCUAAGACCAUGCGGGAAACAACAAGAAGAAACCUAA